AUGUUUAAUUUGUAUUUUACAGGGGAUGGAAAGGUGAAUUUCAAAGACUUUCUCACCUCCUUGGGUGAUACCCAGAACUUCUCUGAGCUGGAAGCAUUGCAGAAUGCCACCAAAGUUGUCAGCGGGAUGCAAGGAGGUAAGAUUCACGUGGAUGACCUGAAAUCCACCCUGGAAAAUCUGGACAUCUCGCUAAAGGAGGAGGAGCUCCAGGAGACACUGAAGGCCGUUGCUGUUGAUGAGCGCGGGACCGUGAACCUGAAGGAGUUCCUGACGGCUCUCACCAGCAUCCCGCACUUCUUGGACUCCGCGGUGCUGCAGGACGCCAUCAAGGCCUUCAGCAGGAUCAAAGAAGACAAAGUUGAUCUGCAGGACAUGGGUUCCAUUCUGGCCAGCUUGGGGAUCAGCGUAUCCAGUGAGGAGCUGCAGGAGGCUUUGCAGAAGAUUUCCCCGGACGAAGAUGGGAAGGUGAACUUCAAAGAAGUUCUGAUGAAUUUGAUAGACACCCAGCACUUCUCAGAAACUUCAGGUGAGUGA